GCCGGCCCAUCAUCCACCACCACCCCCCUUGCUCUGCACUCUGAUUAAAAUUUUUGUACAUUGAAAAUGGCAAAAACUCGUGUUUUUUCCCAGGCACAAAAUUUAUCUUUUGUCCAAUUGACCUUUCUGGGUUCUCUUAUCUCCAUUUGAGGAGUAUCGAUACGAGUUGUCGUCUUCUAGUAUAACGAAGCUAAUUCCUCCCCAAGUUGUAGGGUUUCAUAUAUAUAUAUAUAUAUAUAUAUAUAUUUUCUUCUUCAGUUUCCAUUUUCGGGUAGAGUUUAAUGGGUGAAUUGGUAGAGAUUGGAGCUGAUAUCAGUUCGGAUAUUGAAGUUGACGAUAUUGCGGAGAAAGAGGUUAGUGAUGAAGAAAUUGAAGCAGAAGAGUUGGAGAGGCGAAUGUGGAAGGAUCGGAUCAAGCUCAAAAGGAUUAAGGAAAGGCAGAAGUUUGAAGUCCAACAAGCUGCUGAUAAGCAGAAAUUGAAGCAGACUUCUGAUCAGGCACGAAGGAAGAAAAUGUCAAGAGCCCAAGAUGGAAUUCUCAAGUAUAUGUUGAAACUGAUGGAAGUGUGCAAAGCACGUGGAUUUGUGUAUGGGAUCAUUCCUGAAAAGGGUAAACCUGUAAGUGGUUCAUCUGAUAAUAUAAGAGCUUGGUGGAAGGAAAAGGUAAAGUUCGAUAAGAAUGGGCCUGCAGCCAUAGCAAAGUAUGAAGCUGAGUGUUUGGCCAUGGGUGAGGCAAAUAAAAGUCGAAAAGGAAAUGCUCAAAGCGUUCUUCAAGACCUGCAAGAUGCAACUUUGGGAUCUCUCUUGUCUUCUUUAAUGCAGCACUGUGAUCCCCCUCAAAGAAAGUAUCCUUUGGAGAAAGGAGUGUCGCCACCUUGGUGGCCAACAGGAAAUGAAGAGUGGUGGGUAAAGUUAGGGCUUCCUGAAGGUCAGAGUCCUUAUAAAAAACCGCAUGAUUUAAAGAAGAUGUGGAAAGUCGGGGUACUAAUGGCUGUAAUAAAACACAUGUCACCUGAUAUUGCAAAAAUCCGGAGGCAUGUCCGCCAGUCAAAAUGCUUACAGGAUAAGAUGACUGCAAAGGAGAGUGCAAUUUGGUUGAGUGUCUUGAGUCGAGAGGAAUCCCUCAUUCAACAGCUUAGCAGUGAUAAUGGCACUUCUGGCAUAACUGAAAUGCCUCAAGGUGGGCAUGGUGAAAGGAAGCGAGAGCGACCUGCCGUUAGUAGUGACAGUGAUUACGAUGUUGAUGCUGCUGAUGACAGUGUUGCCUCUGUUUCAUCGAAAGAUAACAGGAGAAAUACAGCAACGGAAGUGGAGCCAUCGAGCAUUGUUCGAACUGACAAUCCUCAUGCAGUUGGAGAUAAAGAGCAAGGGGAAGAGCAACGAAGAAAAAAGCCUCGUCAAAAAUCUAGCCAAGCUGGUCAACAGUCUGAACCACCUCGUAAUAAGCAUUCAUUUAUUGAGGAGCCUGUGCCUGAUAUAAAUACGGCUGAUUUAUCUGUAGGGGAAUAUCAAACAAAUGGCACUGAACAGGAAAAUGAUACGACUGCUGGUCUGAGACCUUUGCAGAAAGGUCUUGAAAGUGGACCCAAUCUACACCAAUCUGAAUUUAACUACUUCCCGGCUAUCCCGUCUGCCAACGUUGAUUCUAUGAGGGGCACGCAUGCGCAUAGAAGCUCCAUGUUUUUAUGCGUCUCCCCAAAUUCAGAGUUGCAUAACAGAGUAGCUUAUGAUAUCUAUAAUCCACCGGUUGACUAUGGACCUGCGCAUGAUGCACAGCAGUCUCAGAUGACAUUGGAUCAUGCGCCUGAGAUCAGACCACUGUAUGAUGGAGGCCACAUACCAGCACUACAAGGGGAUGGUAAUGAGAUAAUUGGAGGAGAGUUGCAUAGACCUUUUGGGUCUCCACCUCUACUGCAUAACUUGUCAUUAGAAUAUGGAGGAAUUCCCAGUCCAUAUCAUUUUGAAAUUGAUGAAUUCUUACUGGAUGAUGAGUUGAUCCAAUGCUUUGGUGCAUAGUUUUCAUAAUUGACACUUCAGAUUAUAUAUUGUAAGUGAUAUUUCCAUCACAUUUGUAUUUAUAGAAUGUGGGUUACAAAUCUCAUUUCUU